AUGCAGUUGCCUGCAUUCCGGAUCGCGAUUUGCCGGGAGCACAGUAGCGCCGUGACGGCAAAGUCGAUCGCCUCGCACAUCGAUUUGCAGCACAGCCACCUAGCUCUAGGGGAUCGGCGGCGCAUUGUAGAGGAGGCGUCCGCACUGCGAGACGACGGUUCUUUGGCUGCCGACAUGCAGGAUAUCCGGUUCCCACGCGAGAUUAUACCCGCAAUCGACGGGUUGCCAGUCUGGAGCGAUGGAAAGAAGUGUAUACAGUGCGGGUAUAUCCGGCGGACGAGGAAUCAUAUCCAGCAGCAUUGCCGGUCAGAGCAUGGUUGGGUCAACCCGAGGGGCCGCGGCCGCAAGUCAGGGCAGAUGCCGGCAGGCGGGUUGGGCGAGGCAUGGGUGGACGGGGUAUAUUGUCAGCGGUUCGGGAGGGACGGCGCGCUACAGAGGUUGUUUGAGGUCGUGCCGCCGCCGGCAGCCAACAAGGGCUAG